CGGGGCCUGCCUGCGGGAGGGCGGGGCGUGCGUGCUUGUUGUAAGUCGGCUCGAGCCAGCGUCGCCAUCUUGACGCUCGAACACUUUUCCACCCAGACGCCGAACAGCAUCUGCCCGGUCCGGUCUGGUCGGGUCCGGUCCGGUCCGCCGAGCCAGCCGGAUUCCCGAGCGGCCCGCGGGGGCGCGCAGGACGAGCGUGAACUCCGCCCCCCUCCCCUGUCGUCGUGGGUCGGUCCCGGCCGGCCGGGUUCGUCCGACAUGAGCAUCGACACGCUGCUCGAGGCCGCCCGGUACCUGGAGUGGCAGGCCGAGCGGGACCGGGCCGAGCGGAUCGACCGGCACGCCGCCGCCGCCGAACCGCAACCGAGACGCCUCUCGCACGAGGAAGAUCAAAGCAAGGUGAAGGUGCUCAUCAACACGGAGGCGGAGUCGAGACGCUCGGAGGCGGUCUCUCUGCAGCCACUCGCAGCCAACCACGUCAGCUGGGGCGAGCGGCCGCCCCGCCCUGCGACCCACCCCCGAGUGCCCGUCGCCGUUGUCCCGAUGGUGCCGGUCGUCACGGCGACGCCCCUCCCUCUCAUAGCGAUGCUUCCCGGCUCCCCCCCGCGGGCGCCGCCCCCCCCGGUCCCCCAUCAGCCGCUGUGCUCCUCCCAAGUCAAAGCGGACGCCGCUGAGCAGCCGAUCGGAUGCGGCCAAUCGCAACAGCGGCCUCAGGUUCACGCUCAGUACCCGCCCCCCGUCGGGGGAGUCGACGGGCCGGCCCCGCAGGCCGCCCUGGCGUCCCACCAGGUUCCGCCUACGUCCCACUUGAGGUCCAACGGACUGACGCUGGACGACAUGAGAGGAGGAGCCAACGGCAAGAGGAGGUCUGGAGGGUUAGUAACCCCCCCCCCCCCAAUAAAAGUACUUUUUUUUCCAAAAAGGACCGGAACCAGGGAGGUCCACAACAAGCUGGAGCAGAACAGGCGCGCUCACCUGAAGGAAUGUUUCGAGACGCUGAAGAAGAACGUGCCCAACGUGGACGACAAGAAGACGUCUAACCUCAGCGUCCUGCGCAGCGCCUUGCGUUACAUUCAGACGCUGAAGCGCAAGGAGAAGGAGUACGAGCACGAGAUGGAGCGCCUGGCCCGCGAGAAGAUCGCCAUCCAGCAGCGUUUGUCCGAGCUCAAGAAAGAACUGAGUCAGCGAAUGGACGCGGUCGAGAUCGAACGCGUCAUCCGACAAACCGUCCAGCCCGAAGACGACCAGGCGUCCACCUCCACCGCCUCGGAUAUUUUUCGGGGUCCGCAGAAGGAGAGGACAACUUGGAGCGGGACGAGGACGCGGCGACCCCCGCCGUCCCACGAGCGCCGCCGCCGGCCGCCCGCCCGUCGCCGUCCUCCUUUGCCCCUCGGGCGCCGGUCCCGCCGCCCACCGUCAUCGCCCGCGCGGCCGUCGCCCCCCGCCCCUCGGCCGUGUCGCACCCCUCUGUCAUCCGGGCCGUCAGCCGCGCCCUGCCGGCCAAUCACAAGCACCUGCCGCACAUCGCCCCCUCCCCCGGCCCCGCCCUCUCCGCCCGGCCCGUCGGACACGUCGCGGCGCGCCUGGGGGCGCCCCUCCCGUCCCGCCUGCCCGCCUUGUACCCGCAGGGGGUGUCUGUGUCCCAGCCCGCCGUGGUGGGCCACGUCGCGCACGCCUUCGCCCCGACACCGGCCGGCGCCGCGGCGGGCCAGCAGGGGGCGACGGCGGCGCCGGGGAAACCCGCCGCGGUGCUGGCGCCCCACCCUCAGCUGGUGGGCCAGGCGGCCGUCACCAUGGUAACGGUGCCCACCUUCCCCGUCAGCACCAUCAGACUGGCCUGAACGCCCGGACGCGUUGGCGGGACACGACGUCGCCGGUCACACCGGGGCCGCGGCCGGGCAAGAAGGACCGUAGAGGCACUUAAAAAAAAAAAGGAAAAAGAAGAGAAGAAGCAGGACGAUGGAUGAGCGCAGAUACCUUUUAUUAAAAGCAGCGUCCCCCCAUCAUUGUAAUUCAAAAACCUUUCGUGCUCAGGCCAAAGCUCUGUCUAAUAUAAAAGUAUUGCUUUGGCGCCAUCCUGGUGCCAAGGAACUACGUUGACGUGAGUUGAGGAGCUUGAUCAGUGCUUUCUGCCAUUUUGUGGCCUCUAGGCAAUUGGAGCUCCCUCUGCUGCACGCCACACAAACAACAAGCAGCGACGACGGAAAGAAAAAAAAACAAAACAUUUUUGUUGCAAACUUACAUUUUUUUAUUGUGAGCAAAUGUGUGAAACGUCACACGUUUGCUGUUGACAUGAACGCGGUUGCAGCGGCAUCCUUUUGUGCGUGUGUGCGCGCGCGAACACACCUAACCUCUUGAUCACUGUGACCGCACACGCGCGCGCACACACUGAGCGAAUGAAAAACAACCAAGCAAGUUUAGAUUUUUGCUCUUUUGGACUGAAAAAGAAGAAAAAAGCCCAUUUGUCUUUAGUGGCUCACGUCACGUCGCCGAAUAUUCUUCUUCUGCUUCUGCUUCCGUUUGCGUUGCGUAAUCCGGUGUACGAACUUUAUUGUGAUGCAAUUUCAAUUGCGAUUUUUCGGGUUCUUCUGCUAGCAAACGCCGCUUUGUGUCGUGCCGGUGCAUGUUUGCGGGACCACGAAGUCGGAGCUCGCGCUAUAUUGAUAUUAUAUAUUCAUACGAGCGAGGCUGUUUUCCCUAUGGAGAAAGUGUUAAGUUAUAAAAUCGGGCCUGAGCACUUGUGGGCCGUCAACAUGAUGAUGAUAUUAAUCCAAAAGAUUCUUAAUAAAUAUGAUUACAUUUACAACAUUCCUCAUUGUUUGCGUCCUCAUGUCAACAGUUUUUAUUGGAUUGUUCUUGAUUGUCGUCAGCCACUAGAUGGCAGUAGAAACAAUGGCAGUGGAUUACAAACAAAUGGAGCUCAAAGUGACACGGAGGACACGCAGA